AUGGCCUCCCGGGACACACCGCCGGCCACCAGCUACGCCCCGCCCGAUGUGCCCUCGGGGGUCGCAGCCUUGUUCCUCACCAUCCCCUUUGCCUUCAUCCUACCGGAACUGGUGUUUGGGUUCUGGGUGUGGACUCUGGUGGCUGCUACCAACAUCACAUACCCCUUGCUGCACGGAUGGGUGCUGUAUGUCUCACUCACCUCGUUUCUCAUCUCCUUGAUGUUCCUGAUGUCCUACUUGUUUGGAUUUUACAAACGAUUUGAGUCCUGGAGAGUCCUGGACAGCCUGUACCACGGCACCACAGGCAUUCUGUACAUGAGUGCCGCUGUCCUGCAAGCACAUGCCACUAUUGUUUCUGAGAAAGAGGACCUGGGUCACUACUACAUCAACGUUGCAGCCUCGUUCUUCGCCUUCCUCACCACGCUGCUCUAUAUCCUGCAUGCCUUCAGCAUCUAUUACCACUGA